ACAUGUGAAAAUCCCUCCACCUAAUGUAUCUUGAGGCCCAGAAAGGCAGGAGAGGCAGGGAUCUUGCAAAGAGGCUGCAGCAUCCCACACAAAAUCUCAGUGCCAAAUGGAAAAAUCUCCUGCCACCACCACAACCGGAAAUGAAAGUCAACGUAUGGGAAAUAAAGCCUCCUGAUUUUAGUUACAAACUGUAUAAAUCUAUGAGAUGUCCAGAAAAACCAUCAAGGACCAUGAAGGAAGAACAAAAGAGAAAAAAAAGCAAUUUUCAAGAAACAGUGCAUCACCUGCCCAGUAUAAGGAAGCAUCCUGAGAAGGCCGCACCUCCCAAGUUUAUAACUACAUUCCCACAUGUGGAUUCACACAAAGCGAACUUAAUGUUUGUGAAGAGUGGAAAAUAUCCAAAUGGUGUAUACUUCAAUCCAAAACCACAUGACUUUAGACAGUACCAACGUAAUUUACCGAACUUUGUGACAACUUAUGAACGGGAUCCUUUUGGAUUAAAAUUGUCACAACACUUAAGUGUAGCACAUGGGUGCCAGUUGCUGAAAGAUGAUGAACACAAGAACAGUAUGGAAAGAUUUAUCACCUACAAGCCUCGGGAACGCACUUGGGAUUCAAAACUAAUUUUACCAAAAGCCCCGUGGCCGGUUAGAUCUGGUUCCUACACGAGACAUAGACGGCAGCGGGAUGCGUACAGUGCAUUUAUGGAUCGUGUAGAAGAAAAGUUUACCAAGACAUGUAAGCAGAGGUUUCAGUGGAAUUCUGGAAAACUACCAGUGAUGAUGUCCUAAUUUCAGGCUUC